CGUUGUAACAAAUUCUGACCAGUCAGCAGCCCCGGCUCAAAAUUCGAACGUCAACUCGCGAAGAAACGAUGCCACCAACGCUGUUUUAAUAUGGAAUAAUUCUUGUAUUUCUACCUAACUAACUUUUUUGAAGUGAAUGUUAACAUUCUUAAACGCUUGGUGAUAUACUCCUGCUGCCAUGGUGAACGGGCAGAUCCAGAAGAAAUCCUUCCAGCUGAGUCUGGAGGACAUCAAGGAGAAGAUGAAGGAAAAGAGGAAUAAACGGCUGGCGGGGGCCUCAGCUCCCAACAGAGGCAGGUCCAAAAACAAAGCCAGUGUGGUUCAAUCUGCCAGCACCAUCCUACUCGGUGUCCAGCAGAACAACAAGACGCUGGCACUAGCUCUGCAAGCUGAAAAGCAAAAGUUAAGUCAGGCCAAUACAGUGAUCAUGCAGCUGAAAAGUGAGCGACAUGCCUUGUACCUUCACCUAAUUAUGCUCAAGAGGAAGCUCGAAGAACGGAAAUCUGAACCCUCAAAGACCAAACCUCCAAACACCCUUGUUGAACCUGAGCACCAUGUGGAUGCACCUGGGAGAAAGCAGACCAGCCAGAUCGUUGAUAAGCCCAGUGUGGUUAGCGCCUCACCAAUUUGUACAGAUCAUGACUUCCCUGUGGAGUUUCAUCAUUCUACUCCUGAACCUGUCCCACCAAAAGACAACAACAAGCCGAGGCUGAGCAGAAAAAGAGCUAAGCAGCAGCCCUGCCCAAAACCAGAACCUGCUGCACAGAAACCAGAGAGAGGCCGCAAACCAGACCGGGCCCCAUUAAAGAAACCUUGGGAGAACCCCAAACCCAGAGCUCGCUCCAAGUGUCGAGACCAGCCAGCAACAAGGGCCAAAACAGCAUGUCUUUCACAAGGGAAUAAGCACAACAACUCACUGGGAUUUAAUGACACGUUUGACUUUGACUGUGAAGAGGCGGUUCAUGUCACACCGUUCAAGGCAAAGGCAGAGGACAACCAUUCAUCCACACCUGUCAGGGAACCGACUCCACAAACUGAAGCUUUACCUGUGUUUUUUAAACCGGAUGAGUCCAGCUCUUCUUCGUCAUUGUCUGAAUCAGAGGUCAGCCUUUAUGUCCCUGAGAAGACCACACAGAGACAGACUUCCCUUGACAAGUGCAAUGGGAUUACCACUCGAAGAGGGCGGGUCUCUAAAAUCAUCAGACAGAAGGAAAACGUCCCUUCGCAACAGGAAACCUCUGUUUUCAUGGAUGAGGGGUCGAGCCCUAAGGCUGUAGACCCUGAGAUGGAGGAAGCUCAUCCUGACUGCAGCUUCUCUAACAGCCCUGACCCAGCGAUCUUGAGACAGGAAAAUACUCAUGUGCCUCUCACAGGGGUUAGUAAGAAGGACUGUUUGCUGCCUGUCGGCCCUCUGGUUGAAGAGGAGGUGAAGAGAAUUAACAACGUCCUGUCCAAUUUUGGAGAUUCCUCCGGUGAAGGAGCUCCUCUUUUACCACACAAAAUACGCAAGAGCGUCAAUACAUGUAAGAACCUUUCUACAGGUAAGCUUGGUGUGAGGAAAGCGCGGCGGGAUUUGAGUCUGUGUGAUGUGACCAAUAUGUCCCCUGCAGCCUAUCGCCUGGUCUCCUGUGGUGGCUCGCAGAUCGCCAACGCCCGGAGCUCCACUUCUGUUCCUGCUCGCAAGCGGCGCUGCACCAUGGUCCUGGACUACAAGGAACCCCCGCUAAAUGUGAAACUUCGGCGCGGAGAUAAGUUCACGGACGUGAAGUUCCUCCGCUCUCCUAUUUUCAAGCAGAAAUCUGGAAGGAGGUCUGUGCAGAAAUCAAGGAAAUCAAUUAAUGGCCAGUUGAGAAAUGCAUCGGGUCAUUUGUUGGAUUAAUGUGAUCAUUUGUUUUUUUUCUUCGUGAACAGCUGUGAUCAUUUCUAGAUGUUAUUCUUUCACUUCGCUGAAAAGCAAACAACAUUUGAAUUCUCCUUUUAAUCUCUAGCCUAAGGUAUUAAUGGCUGUUUUAGAUGGCCAAAUUAUUUUUUAAUUACAUUUUAUUUACAUACAUUUUUUAAUUAUAUAUAAUAUACUGUAUGACGUGACAAUAAAGGAUUUUUUCUCUAUUGCAAUCUUAUAAUAUAUAUAUAAUAUUACUGGCUGAUGGAAUCAGGUGGUCCACAAUGUCUUAAAAAGUAUGAAAAGUUGAUAAAUCAAUCAUGUAGCAUGUUCAACAACAUAUUAUGAAUGUAUUACAUUAAAAUGUGUCACUGACCUGUUAGAAUCCACUGGCAGCGAGGGACUAAAACAGGCUUGAAAAAGGUAUUACAUUAAAUGUCAGGAUUCUUGCAGAUACCCUGAGGAACACUUUGAAAAACUAGAAACAAUAUUAAGCCUCACUUCUGUUUUAUUCAGUCUAUAAAAUAGGCUAAUACUAUGUCAUUAAAACCAGUCGUACAAAGAGCAUGAAAUCAUUUUUUCCAGACAUCUUACAAAAUGUAUUUUUUUCCUAAAGUUUGAAAAGUACAAACACCUUUUUACAAAACAGCAAAACUACAUAGUAUUGCACAAUCUUUUCAUUUAUCUCCAAAGUAUAAAGUUAUUAAUCUCCAUCUGCAUGACAAAAAAUAAGAGAGAAUAAAUUAAGACCUUGUCUUAAGCAUAAUUCUUUUAAAUUACAGAACAUAAAUAAGAAUAAACUCUAGAUCAUUGAAUUAGUCCUUUGUCAACAGCGUUAAUUCAAAUGUGAAACAAAUUCUGAAGAAAAGACUGCUGUUAUU